CACACUGCGCUACACGUGCAUCGAUGUGGUUGAAUUUCACAGGGAAAUAAUCCACAAAGAGUGGUUUAACACUUGUAAAUUAAGUGAAAUUCGUUUUUAACGACAGUGCGACAGCACUGAAGACAACCAGAUCAUCGAGUCAAGAACAGGGCAGCCAUGAAUUUCGACGACGAAGACCGAUUGGAGCUGCAGUUUCUGGCGGGCGGCAACAUCGUGGAACAUGCGCCUGUCUUUUCGCCCGAUGGAAGAUUUAUGUUCGUGCGAUGUUUGACAAAGGUGCAGGUAUAUGCUACCAGCACGGGAGAACUCACCCGGGUUUUGGAUGACGCUACGGCGCCACUGAUCAGUUUGGAAUUGGAUCUGAAGCAACCGGAACUCCUGAUCGGGUGCACGAGUACUGGGGAACUGGUGCGGUGGAAUUGGCGAGCGGGUGUCCUCAAGAAAACCGUUUCCCUGAAUCUGGGAUCUGGGGAAACCACAGUUUUAACCUGCCACCUGAUGAAUCUGUAUAAAGGUGGCGACACAGCCUGCGCCUUCGUCACCACAAAAAAGAAAAGUGGAGACCAAGUCCACUGGUUUGUGGUUAACACAAGUACGGGCGAAACUGUCAAUGUCAAUUGUGGACUUAAACUCAAAGUGCGUACUCCCCUCGUGGACGUGGGAAAGGGUCAGUUCAAGUACAUUAUUUUAGCCCAGGGAUUCUACAUUUACUUCCUUAACUAUGAGACUUGGAAAUUCUGUCGCUACAAGAGUGCCAACCAAAAUGUAAUCACUCGUGUGCAAAUGAGUCCCUGCGAAAUGGUAGCUGCCACCGCCGAUUCCGAAGGCAAGAUCUUCGUGUGGCGGGAUUUUGAGAACCGAGAGACAAUGACCAACACGCUUUUCCACUGGCAUCACACGGAGGUGACCAGCUUGGCUUUCUCGCCCUCCGGUGUGAGCAUAUAUAGCGGAGGACAUGAGUGCGUUCUAGUAAAAUGGUCAUUGGCCAAUCCCGAGAGCCGGAAGUAUCUGCCCAGAAUGGCCAGUGUUAUCCGACACAUUGUGGUCAGCAACGACAAUGAGAAUGUCCUGGUUUGCACGGAGGACAAUGCCAUUCAGCUGUUGAGUGGCAGCAAUAGCAUUAUCAAAUCUACUGUCCAGCACUUUACGUACGAGACUAAGGAUAAGACUGGCAACGCCAAGUUCCCUUUGGGUUUACGCCUAAAUCCAAGAACCAACACUCUAGUGCUAAAUGGCAGAACAGGACAUUUGCAGUUCUAUUCGGCGUACACCAAGAGUAUGCUGUAUAACCUUCGUGUGGUGGACAACAAUGUGCUCAGUGAGGAAGCAAACCACAUCAUCUACAAUACGCGAAUUACACGGGCAGCCUUCAAUAUCAACUGGAUGGCUACCGGAGAGGUGUACAAUGAUCUGGAGAACUUUGCCGAAGUGCGUCUUAAGUUUUGGCAGUUUAAUGAAAAGUUACAGAGUUACAUUCUUAACACAGAGAUUGAAUUGCCUCACGAACAUGGUUUUAAGGCAAUAAUCUUCUCCAAUCAGUUCCAAGUGGAUAAUUUACAAUGUGCCACUGCUGGCGAGGACAACGUAAUCAAGAUAUGGGGCCUUACAGACUCUGAGAACAUCUAUAGGCGGGGCAUCAUGUGGAGUUGCCUGGCGCAGACGAGCUACAGGAAUCUGCCCAUCGGCUCGCUUUGUUUCUCGCAGGAUGGCUCACUUUUGGCGGUUGGUUUCGGCAACAUUUUGGCGCUGUACGAUACCCGGAAUCCGCGAUUGCCUUUGCAAACUCUGAGCUGUCCUCCUGGCUUAGACGGUGUGAUAUCCAAAGCGCAGCUGAGAUUAGCACAAUCACCUUUGAAUGGAGCCAGGAAAGAACUAACCCAGCAAAGGCAGCAGUUGUGGGCUCUGCUGAAGACUUUGUUAAAUAGCAAUGAUGAAAAAUUGAUUCAGCAGGCCAAGGAUUUAAUAGUGGGUCCUCCUGCCAAUGCAAAGCUUGUGAACCAACCGGAAGAUACCAGAAAGGAAUCCGUAUUCAAAUACAUAAUGAAAAUGUCCGAACUUGGUUUACAUCAGAAAUUGCAACUGCUGCGUCGUUUUGGAGUCGAAUGCGCGAUACCUCAUGCCCAUCGGAAUCGGUUAAUGGAGCACCUACAACAAAAGGCCGUGGUUCCACAAACAACAAAGUUGAGACUUCGAAAACUGGACGCUCGGCUGCAUCGCCUGCACACGCGACAUCGUUAUAAAGCCAAACAGCGACUUGGUGAUUUGUGUAAAAGGCGACAGAACUUCGAGGACCUUGUACCGGAGGAUGUUAUGUCUCUGUUCAGCGUUCUCAAGCUGGACGAGAGCAGUAAACCUAAAAAGGAGGAAAAGAUCAAAACCAAGCAGAAUGUCAGUGGCAAAGUUAACCAGAAUGCAAAGAGAAUUCCCGCCAAGGCGGCGCCUCUGCAGGGAUUGGCGCAGAUUUCACAAGUGCAAUUCGGAGCCGGGGAUCAGGCUCAUCUAGUGGCGGUCUGCACCGAGUCAAGGGUUCUAAUCUGGAAUUUACUGACUCUGCGUCUGCAGGCGGGCUUAAAGUUGUCCGUCCGGCAACUGGCCUUUGAUCCGCUCACCAAUCUAAUGGCUGUCAUAACAAAAAAUGAUGAAUUGCACGUUUUCCAACCAAAUGUUCCGUUGCCUCUGUAUCAGCGCAGUAAUCUGCCGAAAACCCAUGGAUUAGCUUGGUUGCCCAGGAGGCAGCCGAAGCAGAGCUCCAUCAAUGUGGACUGGCAGGCACAAUCCACGCUGCUGAUGCUAACACACUCGCAGGAGAUUGCGUACUUGGCGUUACCGGGUCAGAGUCCAUCGGAUGAUGCGCCAGCACCGAUAAGUUUUGCCCAGACCGACGCCACGGAAAAUAUCCUGAAGCACGCGACAUUCGGCAUCCACGUGACAAAGAAACAGCCAGUUUCUACUGAAACUCUGGACAAGAGUGGCCCUUUGAUCGUGAGAGGAGGAGAACAUAGUGCCGUCAAUGCGUUUGUCAAUCUGUCCGCCCACACGAUGCCUGCCAUGAGCCUGAUUUGUGGUGAAUUUGUGAAAUCGCUGCUGAUUGCGGCGGAUUCUGCUUCAAGGCACUCCUCGGCAGCCAAAGGAGAUGCCCCAGUGACCAAUGGUGGAGCCGUGAAUGGCAAUGGGUUGUCACACGAGUACAGUGACGAGGAGCUGGAGGAGGAAGACCGGGAGGAGGGUGAAGUGACCAUUAGUCCAUAUGAUACCCGGAAAACGCUGCUGGCGGAAAAUGAAAGGCUUGAGGAUCUGCCAACCGAAGGAGAAACCGAUCAGCAGGCCUUGGAUAAUCGAUUAAAGACCAUCUCCACACUAAAAACAAAACUAAGGUUAUGAAUGUAAACAAUUCAAUUAGUUGUUCUUAAAAAAAUUAAAUUCUUUUAUUUUUGUAUAAGACAAAAGUUAUUAAAAAGCAUAUUGCAAAGAGA